AUGUUACUUCGACACUCAUUCUCCCGGUUUUCAUCGCCGAGCUGGACCUCGCGCGCUUCCACAAUGCCUCUACGCGCCAAGGUCACCAACCCUGCCUUUCGAGCUAUGAUGUCGACAGAGAUCCCCAAAGAGCUUCCCGGCGAUGAGCCUGAUGAUGUCUUGUUCAACUCGAUCUACGGCCUCCGCAGCGUGGAGCUCAACCGACCCAAGAAGCUCAAUUCCUUGAACGGCUCCAUGGCACGCAAGAUUUUCCCCCGACUCAAGGAGUGGGAGAAGUCCUCUCUUGCAAACAUGAUCCUCAUCUCCGGAGCCGGCUCCAAGGCGCUCUGCGCAGGAGGUGACGUUGCCGCGCUGGCCUUGCAGAACGAACAGGGAGUGGAAGGACAGAAGGCGUCGACGGAUUUCUUCGGACUCGAAUACCGCCUCGAUCACACUCUCGCCACAUACACCAAGCCCGUUAUCUCGUUCAUGGAUGGAAUCACCAUGGGCGGUGGUGUCGGCCUCAGCAUGCACGCCCCCUUCCGAAUCGCGACUGAGCGGACUGUCUUCGCCAUGCCCGAAACCACUAUCGGAUUCUUCCCCGACGUCGGCGGCUCCUUCUUCCUGCCCCGUCUCGACGGCGAGACCGGCACAUACCUUGCUCUGACCUCCGAGCGUCUCAAGGGUGUCCAGGCUCUGUACGCCGGCAUCGCCACACACUACCUGCACUCCAGUGCUCUGAGCGGUAUGGUGCAGCGUCUUUCCGAACUGACUUUCCCCGACCACCUUGCCCUCUCCGGGCGUCUCGAAAUCGUCAACAAGACCAUGGCCGAGUUCUCAGUCGGUCUGCCUCCGCUGGAGGAGGAGCCCAUGCUCAUGGCCGGCAGCCUGCGCACCGCCAUCGACCGCUGCUUCAGAUUCGACACCAUGGAGGAGAUCUUCAUGGCCCUGGAGGACGAGAUUGAGCACAAGCAGUGGGCACAGAAGACACUGGAGACACUAUCCAGCCGAUCCCCGACUUCCCUGAAGGUGACACUGCGCCAGAUGCGUCUCGGCAAGAAGUGGAGCAUUUCAGAGACUUUCCAGCGCGAGCACGAGAUCUCCGCCAACUUCAUGCGUCACCCCGACUUUGUCGAGGGCGUCAAGGCCCGUCUUAUGUCCAAGCCUCCCCGCCAGGCUGAGUGGAAGCCCGCUACUCUGGCCGAGGUCACGAACGAGACCGUCGAGAACUUCUUCAAGAUCCCUGAGGGCGAGAGCCGUCUGGCUCUCCUCAGUGAGGGCGAUUAUCACGACUACCCCCACGCUCACUUUGCUCUGCCUUCCGAGGUGGAGAUUGAGGAGGUCGUUCGCCAGGGUCACCCAUCCCGGAGACCGGUGAUCGAUGCCUUCCUCGAGAAGUACUCUCACCGUGAUGGUGUGCGCCGAAAGGUGGUUGAGGUCCUUGCCCGUAGGACCUCAACUGAGUCCGGCGAGGGACUUAAGUGGAUUUGA